AUGAAACAUCUAAGUUGCUUUUGUAACAAAGAUGGUUGCCUUCACUUGAACAUCAGAAUAUUACACUAUGAAAAUAAAGUUAAACUAACAGUUGCUGAAGAAUUCACUGACUCAGAACCUGAUGAAGCCGGACCCAGCUCUUCCGCAGCCAAAGCACUCAUCAAUGUAGUUUACAUCCUAGUCGAAUUAGCCACAAAAAUAUGCAAUAUAGAUAAGUAA